AUGUUUAACAAAAACCACAAACUCAAGUUCAACCAACACCUGAUUCUCAAGUUUAAUAAUUUUAACAACCUCAAGUUAAAAAACACCACAAACUCAAGAUCAAACACAACACAAACUCAAGUUAAAAAAACAACAAAUACUCAAGUUCAACCAAUACCCAAUUCUCAAGUUAAACAAUUUCCACAACCUCAAGUUAAAAAAAAACACAGACUCAAGUUCAAACAGAAACAAACUCAAGUUCAAAUACGACACAAACUCAAGUUCAACAAAAACCACAAACUCAAGUUCAACCAACACCUGAAUCCCAAGUUUAUAAAUUUUCAGAACUUCAAGAUCAAAAAACACAUACAACAAACUCAAGUUCAAACAAGACACAAACUCAAGUUCAACAAAAACCACAAACUCAAGUUAAACCAACACCUGAUUCUCAAGAUUAAAAAUUUUCACAAUCUCAAGUUCAAAUAG